UCCGGUGCGACGAAAGAGGGAGAGCUGGAGAAGGAAGGCGCCAUGCUGUCCAUCCCGGGCACCGGGGCCGGCUCGUCUUCGGGCUUCGGCCCGGGCGAAGCGUCUUCUGGCUCGGGCGCCGGCGGCGACUUCCUGACGCGCUACCGACUGGUGUCGUCCAAGCUCCGCAAGCGCUUCCUGCGCAAGCCCAACGUGUCGGAGGCGUCGGAGCAGUUCGCGGCGCUGGCGCGAGAGCUGCGCGCCCAGGAGAGUCUCCCUUACGCGGCCUGGUGCCAGCUGGCGGUGGCGCGCUGCGCUCAGAGCCUGGGCCACCCGGCGGGCGAGGCGGCAGCGCUGGCCGAGGCGGCGCGUCUCUGGCUGCGCCACGAGCGGGAGCUCCGUCUGCGGCAAGGCCCCGGCUUGGGCCUCUCCGAGUACCUGCCCGCCGCCCACGGCUGCGUGGCCUUUGCCGCCCGCCUCCACGUCGACUUGGGCCAGCCGGCACUGGCGGCCGGACUGUGGCUGGAGCUGGGCAACGAAUUGCGCUCCGCCGGCGAACCGAGCCAAGCCGUUCCGGCUUUCCUGCGCGCCGCCGACCUGCUGGCCGCGGGCCACCUGCCCUUGGAGGCCCUGCACGGGCUGCGCGACGUGGCCUCCUGCCUGCUGCUCAGCCGCGACUACGACGGUGCCCUGGCGAUGUUCACGCAGGCCCAGCAGCUGGCCCAAGGGGGCGGCGGGCCCUCGACCAACGCCCCUGCCUCUUCUUCAUCCUCCUCCUCUUCUUCCUCCUCCGGCGGAGCCCCCUCGCUGCCCGGCGCCUUCCUCGACCACGUGCUCCACUGCGAGAUCACCCGACUGCUGCUCUUGCUCCUGCUGCAGCCUCCGCCGUCCAAGCUCUUGCCCGAGCACGCCCAGAUCUUGGAGAAGUACUCUUGGGAAGCUCUGGAUGCCUCCUCGGGGUACGUCCCUCCAGAGCUUUUCUUGCUCCUCCAGUCCGCCGUGAUGGCCUGCCAGGAAAAAGACUUGGAAUCACUGAAGGUUUUGCAGAAGGAACUGUGGCCGCUGCUGACGGCAGAGCAGAACAACCUGCUGCACUUGGUGGUGCAGGAGAUGAUCACCCCCUCUGGUCAGGGGUUCUGACUGUUUGGUGUUCCUCGUGUUAGUUUUCCAAUGCUGCAUCCGUGGAUAGAUCUUGUGGAGCAGUCAAAAGAACUUGAGCGAAACUUCCUGCAUUAAUCAGUGGGAAGGAGGUGAAACUUACCAUUUUUGUUCCUCUGUGCAUUAAAUGCCACUGAGCUUCCCACAGAAUGAAGUGAGGACACUUGGAGGCCCCGAAUACGUUGGAUUAUAUCUCCCACCAUUUUUAAAACUUUUUUUUUUUUUGCUGGUGCCAGAGGGAGUUUUGUUCCGACAUUCCAGUUUCUUUCUACCUUGUCAUUCCUUGAACUUAAAUUAUGAACUUGAGACAACUGCGCAAAUACUGUUGGCCCAUAUUCUAUUUUGCUGCUUCUUAGAAUUCUUUCUUCAUCCCACAGGCCACAAGGGAAAAAACCAUGUGAGAUUUGCCAUGUUGGCUGAAAAUCAAUCCGAACAGUCCUCUCAUUUUCAUUGAGUUGAUGGGAAAGCUUUAAAAAGCCAUUUUUUUUAUCAGUGUCGCCAAAUGUAUUGUGUUUUCAGAGCUGUGCUUCUGAUGGAGGCUAUAUUAAAAUCAACGGGAGGGGAACAACAAUUUGGGAGAGUUGAGGGAAUUUCAAAACAUUUCUGUAUUUGAACCCAAAUGGGAUUUCUAAGUUGUGUUCUCAGGGUUCUGUAUUGGAUUAAUUUCUGCCUUGAAAUAAUCUGAAUGUUUACCUUGCCUGAGUCUUAGCUGGUUGUGUAACUGAAUUUGGGUCUGACAUGAGUUCUUUGAAAAUAAACUCGUUUCUUAAUUGG